AUGAAUUCCAUCAUUGCCGCCUACGAGGGACUCUCGGAAUAUUUCCAGAUCCUAGUUAUUGGCGCGGUUUGCUGGCUUCUUAUUCCAGUCUUUACAAGAAUCUAUGCGGCAGUUGCUGUCGGUUUCUUAAUGAUCGCCUCGACAUUGGGCUUGAUUGACUGGGAUUGGAGGGAGGAACUAGGAAGUGCUCCAGUCGAUCGAAUUCCUGAUUCGAUCGAGAAUUCGGCAAGACUUGCGGAAGCUGGUCAAUAUACCGAAACCAAUGAUGAGAAAGGACGUCUUGAGAUUGAGAUCGAGUCUCUCGAGGAAUCGUUGCGUGCUCGUCGAGACGAGCUGGCUCAGUGA